GGCCGGAUCGGGAACGCCGUCAGACUGUGGAUAACACUAUGGAUAUUGAGGAAGAAGAAGAGGAGGAGGAGGAGGAGUCGAUGAAAACCAAGUUGCCGAGAGUGAGAGAUCGGCGUCGGCGUCGUAGCUCGGUGGUAGAACUAGACGGGCAUCGUCAGGAGCCGCAGGGCGAAGACCAAGAUCAAGAUACCACAGCGCAGGAGCGGAGCUGGUCGUCGUCGGUGUGGUGGUGGGCUCCCUUACGCCAGUGGAGGCUGCAGGACUCUACCGCGUAUCGAUGAAUGUGUGGUGUGGGGGAUAGGGGCAUUGGUUGGAGCAAAGCAAAUUCGAAUCGUGGAAGCUAUCAUAUUAUCUUUUAGUAUACAUUGUGUACCCUAUAUAUCUGUGCUGUUAGCGGAUAGUUUUCUUGUAAUCGGAGGGAGGGCAGUUGACGCAUUGAAUGAAGUGGUGGAGGCAGAGGACGAUGGCAGCGAUGGCGAUGGGUACUACUUGGCUGUGAAGUGCGGUAAGGAUGGAUUGUGAGAGUCUAAUACAGGAAGGCUCGAUGCGACAAAAAGUGACCUGGAUUGUUGAGCUUCAUCGUCCAACCUUCCUCUUCCUGUACUAUGUAUCAGCUGCUGCCAAGUCACCACAAACAGUACUCAUUUAUGUGAACGGAUGUCCUCACUUACAAUCACCAACUUCCUGUAUGAUGCCCCCUCCCUCGUGUACUACCACCAGUAUGGAGUCCAUGUACCUGAAUUCAUAAAGAGAAAAAAUAAUGAUCUUUCCCUUUCUCGCGAUGAUACCGCGUUGGGUUUUUUUUUCCCUU